AUGAACAUCCAUGACCAAUUGAUCGCUGAAAAGACUCAAUUGGCAGCUCUAAAGGCACGGGCACUUGCCUUCGAGAGGGCAGCGCAGAAACUCUCAAAAAUUCUGAACUACGAUGACAAGUUUGCAGAGGCAAAUGCGAUACUGGUGAGACUAUACAAUCGCCUCUCUGAAAGAUUGAGAAUUGGCCGUUAUGUUCAUCCGAGUAUCCUGGUAUUCGUCAAUGAAAUGACGAACGGAAUACAGAAUUUGAACGAUACAUCGCGACUCUAUCGAAAAUGCAUCAAAUACAUAGAAUUCGGUCCAAAGUCUAGUGCAGAACACAUCCGCCUCGGGGAUACUCUUCUACGCCAGCCAUUAGAAUCUGCCAAUAUUGAGGACUAUGCCCACGGCAAGUUUACUGUUGAUGGGGCUCUGCGUCAUCUUGACUUGAAUCUUGAGCCAGAAAUGGUGACUACAAUAGAUCAGCAGUUCCAGGAACUCCGCGUAUCACUUCAAAAGAUACAGAAUUUGGAAAAGAUCAAAGAUUCGGAGCCAGCCUCGUGUUCUACACUGACAUCAUCCCAGUACUCAAUGCCUUCAUGCGCUGACCCAUUCCAAUGGCUACCUCCAGAUCUAAUAGCAAAUGUUGCAAAGCUGCUUUCACUCGAAGAUGUCAUAAACUGCAAUAUGGUAUGCUCUCUGUGGCGCCGUAAUCUUCUUGACAUGCCCUCGGUCUUUCAAAAACCUUUAAUCCUCUGUGAGGAUGCUACCGCAGCUGUGUAUUACAAGAGGAUAAAACUUGUACGGAGUUUAGUGUCUAGUUUACCAACACACAAAAUAAGUAAACUUCAUAUAGCUUCAACCACCAGCAAGGAACAGUUACAGCACAUCUUGGAAAGUGUCAUCAGCGAGAGAAAGCUUAUAUUCCAAGCUUUGGAAGUUUCUAAUGAGUACAUGACUCUCGACCUUUUAUUUCAUGCCCUCAAGAAGAAAAGGUUUCGCUGCCCUGGUCUUCUUUCAAUCACAGAAUUGAAAUUAGACAUAAAAAAUACAAUGUACAAUUCCGAAGUACUCUUAGAAUUACUUCCAAAUCUACAAAGGUUGGAACUCGUUUGCGAGAAACAUGCCCUACGAGAAAAUGGUUAUGUAGAGUUUCAGAAUACCACAGGGUUCCAAAACUUGCUGCACGCUGCCGAGCAACGAAAGAAGGUCAAAAAUUUGCAACGUCUUUCCCUCAUAUGUAACGAAAUGUAUCGGGUAUAUUCGAUGGGAGAAAUGGGACCCCAAACGUUUGAUUCGAAGCCGCAACUUCUUCAUGCUGCUUAUCCCAAUUUGACUGAGUUUCAAAUGGCAAAUCAUUCUUUCAGAGACGGAAUAGAAGUCGAUCAAUUUAAGAGGUUCUUAUCCACGUCAGACAACCUCAAGAUACUAUACCUUGAAAAUAAUGAUGAUUUUACCUUUGAAAUGCUCUUCAAUCUAAUCAAACUUGCCAAACCGCGGUUUCAACUAGAGAGUCUCACUUAUAGACCGAGAAUGUGCCUUGUUGACAAGUAUGAAUUGCUGGAGCCGGCGGAGUAUCAGUGCUUAGCAAAUUUGACGCAUCUUGACCUCUUUGGUGCUUUUAUCGACCAGCAAAAUCUCACGAAGUUGCUCCGAAUAGUCAAUGGAGAUCAUACUCUUAAAACACUCAAUGUUGGAGAGACUAGUUUUUCUUUAUUCGAUAAACCCUUUUCUAUGUCAUAUAUUCCAGAGAAGACUGAUCUCGCGCUCGAACAACUUUUAAUCAGUGUCGACAGUCUUAUUCUAGGGGGCACAUACAGAAUGAAUGAAUUCUGUUUAUUGUAUUUGGCAAACUCCUUGGCUUGCGUCAGGGGUCCAGAUUGGGCUUUGAAGUAUCUCGAUAUUUCGUUUUGUGGAGAAAUCUGUGACAAUGCACUCAGAAACUUGCUUGGAACCAGUAAUUACUAUGCAAAGCCUCGCGUGGAAACACUAGUUGUGAGCGGGCCGAAGAUUAGUGUGAAGACUCUCGAGAAGUUCAAGAGUAAGGGCCUCAUUGGAAAGUAUGAGAUGAGUUCCGAGAAGUGGAGACAGUUUGGUGUCAAUAGCUUGUACCUUGGUUGGCACUGA